AUGGAUUGGAAAAUUGGGCUAAUUAAUAUAGUAACCCUGAGCAACUGUAUGGGUAUGGGCAAGAGGCCCUAUGUCCCCCCAUGGUGGGGCCAGCUUGCUUGGUUUGUCGUCUUCGCUGUUAUGUUGCUGCUUGCUGUACUGGGAAAUACUCUUGUCAUUUGGAUUGUCUUAGCUCACCGUCGUAUGCGUACAGUGACGAACUGUUUCCUCGUGAACCUGGCUGUGGCAGAUCUUCUAAUGGCAACGCUCAACGGAGCACCGAACUUCGUGUUCUUGGUCACAGCACAUUGGCCGUUUGGUGCCGUGACCUGCACAGCAAGCAACUUCACAGCGAACCUUACUGUAUCGGCUGGAGUGUUCACGCUUGUCGCCAUUACUGUUGACAGAUACGUUGCGAUAGUCAAGCCACUCCAACACAGGUUGAGCCGUCGUGUGGCGAGAGCAGCAUUAUUCACCGUGUGGUUUGCUAGUGCAUUGUUAGCGAUACCCAGUUUACUCUACUCUGAUACUUAUAAGAAAAAGUAA